UCAUUCACCACUCUGGAGACCCUGGAUAAUGACAGCCAGGGACAUAGACAGUCAGAGAUGGGGAAGGCACAACUUGCCAUCUCACAUGGGACGAAUCAAUCAUGAGAUUGCAAGCCAGGCCACGUCUUUAUUCACUCACCCAGUCAGACUGAUGUGGCCCAGGAGCAAAUGCUAUGAUCACCUGUACAGCGAAGGACAAAAGCUUUUGGCGGCAUUCCCUGUGCAAGCUACAAUCAGCUUCUACGUAGAAUCUGAUACUGAUGAUGAGGAUGAAGAAUUCAAUGAGGAAGAUGAAUUAGAAGCAUCAGCUAUAGAGGAGACUACAUUAGGGAAAAUAACAGAACAGAAGAUUCAACAGUCAUAAUAAAUAAACAGACUGGGACAAAACGUGGACAUAUCCUGUUAAAUUUCAAUGGCACUCAGCUGUUCAAUUUUAUGAUUUAAGUAUUGCUGAAAAAGGCAGAUUUUGUUGAAGCUAUCUGUUUUGCACUUUUCAGGAUAUUCACAAGAAUACUAAUAUAAAGGAGAACAACCUCUUAUACAGUGUAAGAGAAUGCUGACUGGUUGGCAAAUGGACCCUGACUGGUAGAGGUGUUGUGUGGAGACUGCACUAUUCAGAGGAUGACUGACAGUGAUUUUCCUGAACUUUAUUUAAAUUUACAUUAUAAUGUGGAGGUGCCGGUGUUGGACUGGGGUGGACAAGGUGAGAAGUCACACGAUACCAGGUUAUAAUCCAACAGAUUUAUUUGAAAUCACAAGCUUUCACAGCACUGCCCCUUCAUCAGGAGAAAUGAAAGCUUGUGAUUUCAAAUAACACAGUUGGGCUGUAACCUGGUGUCGUGUGACUUCUGACCUUAAAUUUGUAUUAACCAGGUUGAAUCUGAUUGGUUAAGGCAUUGCCCUGAAGAAUGAAUCAGUAAAAUGCUGUGACCUGUGUGAGGUUGAGUAAGGUGCAGUGUGUGUAUGUGAGCUUUCUGUCUUUUAAGAACUAGGCUCUGUGUAUUAAUAUAUAUCAACUCUAAUGCAUUCAAGUGCACCAUGUUGACGACCAUAACAAUCUUAAAUUGGUGGUUGGUAUAAUUCCUAGCACACUCAUGAUAAUUUGACAAAUCUUGUCUAACUGUGAAAUCGUGCCUGAUGUUGGACAUCUCUGCUUUGAGUUUGAAGCAUGGGCUGGUUGGAUAAAGUCAGUACCUUGACUUCUGUGAGUUGUCUAACACAAUCAGGGAGUCUGUGGUUCAUAUGGGCCUCAUACCUAGCAUCAUUAAAGAGAAAAAACAAUCACACAAAUGAGUAAUAUAAUAUGAAUUUCUGAGCCACUGUGAUGAUCAGUAUGUAGGCUGUACAUCCCAGAGACUAGCAGGUCAUAUCAAACAGUUCAAUACAUUCAAGGUACUGACCAUCCCCAACAGUCUGUUCUCACAGAACUCUCAACACAGUGUGCAGCAUUAGAAGUGAUUCUGUGAUUAGGCAACAUUUAUCUUAAAUAAUCCAAUGCCUCUAAGAAUUAUGCUGAUGAUUAAUAUAAAAUUGUUAGUUAGGCUUGGUGUAUGGUAUAUUUAAGAAUACUGGUAGCCACCAAUAUUGAUACACAGGGUCUAUUUCUUACAGAUAGAAAGCAGAAGCAUACACAUUGCACUUGUUUCAAUUUAACAAAUUAGGAGAUGGCUGUUCUCUAGUUCUUUCCUCAGGACGACCUCAUUUAAAUUUAAACAAAACUUUGUAAUAACUAUCAGUCAUCACCAAGUUGGUGCAUGCUCUAUGACGACGCCUCUACCAAUCAGCAUCUUCUUACCAAACAAUCAGCACUCUUUUCUCAUACAGUAUAAAAUGUGUCCCUUUAAAUGGUAUUCUUACAAAUUG